AUGGCCGGAGAAUUUAAUAACAACCCCGAGCUGGACUCUGGGUCAGAAAUUAUUCAGAAUAAGAAUAUCGCCAGUAAUCUAUACAACGAAAAACCUGAUCUCUCGGCUGCGGCCAUCAGACACUAUGCUGCUACAAGAUUGUCCACUCUCUUUGAUAUUCCAAUCAUGUCGUCAGAGAAAACUGUGUGGCAGACUAUCAACCCAAUUCCUGCUCUUCUGGAAAUGAACGCAAGAAACUGGAAUGACUACUUUUUGGGGUUUUUUGCAUGGGCUGUGGAUGCUAUGGAUUUCUUUUGUGUAUCUGCAAGUGCGUCUGAAAUUGCCGCUUCUCUCGGUGUGAACAUUAAGGAUAUUACAUGGGGUGUCACGUUGGUGUUGAUGCUUAGACCUGUUGGGGCCAUUAUUUUUGGUAUUGCCACUGAUUACUAUGGAAGAAAAUGGCCAUUCAUUGUCAAUUGUUUACUCUUUGUGGUUUUAGAAAUUGGUACCGGGUUUGCACAAACCUACGCUCAAUUCUUGGGUGUACGUGCGUUGUUUGGGGUUGCAAUGGGUGGUAUGUAUGGUAAUGCUGCAGUGACAGCUUUGGAGAAUCAACCAAAACAUGCAAAGUCUGUUUUGUCGGGAUUCUUCCUUCCUGGGUACAACCUUGGUUAUUUGUUAUCCAUUGUAUUUUACAGAGGUUUCCAAUUCCUGUACAAGGAAGGAGAGGGCUGGAGAGCACUCUUUUGGUUCUCUGCUGGUCUCCCAGUCAUUUUAAUCGUUUGGAGAUUUUUCAUUCCUGAAUCAGAAGUUUACUUGCGUAUGAAGGCUGCAAAAAAGGCCCUGAAUGCCAGAAAAAGGGAUUUAGAAUCAAGUGGAGAAGUCCAAGUUGUAUCUAAGUCAUGGAAAGAUAAAAUUGAUCCUUCUAUCUUCGUUACUAUCAAGACUGAAUGGCUCAUGUUCAUUUAUUUGGUUCUCUUGAUGGCUGGGUUGAAUUUUAUUUCGCAUGCUUCACAAGAUUUGUACCCUACUUAUCUUCUCAAGCAACGUCAAUUUGGAGUGGAUGAACGUACAGUUAUCAUGGUUGUGGUGAAUUUAGGUGGUAUGUGUGGUGGUAUUGUUAUUGGUCAAAUGUCUGAAGUACUCGGGAGAAGACUUAUGAUGAUCAUUGGUUGUAUUGCCGGUGGUUGUAUGCUUUACCCGGCGUAUAUGAUGAGCUCUAGAGAAGCUGUUACCGGUGGAGACUUCGCAUUGGUGUUUUUCAUUAUGGGUAUCUAUGGUGUUAUCCCAAUUCAUCUCAUGGAAUUAGUCAAUGCAACCCAUAGAACUUUCCUCUCUGGAUUAGUUUAUCAGCUUGGUAAUUUAAUUUCAUCUCCGCUGGCAACCAUUGAAGCUGACCUUGGUUCAAACUUCCCACUUGAUAUUCCUGGGGUGGAAGAUGCAUAUGAUUAUGGAUUGGUUAUGGCCAUUUUCUGUGGAGCUAUCUUUGCCUAUAUCAUUGUCUUGGUUCUUGUUGGUCCAGAACGAUUCAACCGUGACUUACUGGUUACAAGUGACCAUUUGAGUAUCGUCGAAAGUAGAGUUUCUGAAGAAGAAGAAUCUAAGCUGUUAGACAAGCCUGAAGAUGAACAGGUUGAAUACAAGAAAUAA